GCGUAUCGGAUCUACUACGGUUGCUACUUGGACCAUUACACCUUACAGUUUCGAGUCCGACGGUCUGCCUUCACACCGAUAGUGAGCGCGCCCCAGCAAUGGUAGAUGACAAUUUAUCUCCGGACGAAAAGAUGACUAUCGGAGCUAGAUUGGCUAUGCUUGCUCCCCCCUGUGAAUUUACGGAAGUCCUGGAAGACGUGCGUGUUGUUACCGGUGACAGCGUAACGAUGCAAAAGAAGUUGGCUGCAGCUGCUGCGCAACACAACAAGGACCAGUUAAUUCCCGUUAAGCUACCGAAUGCAGAACAUUCGUCGCUGUUGAGUGUGCAUGGCGAUCUAGGUGGUGGUUACUUCCUUUGUCCAAGGAAGCAUGUUUCAUUUCACUUUGAUCAUCUGAAAGGCAUUGUCAGUGAUGUAAAAUCUUUGGAACCCAAUGACGCUGAUGGCGGCAGUAUAGCAGCCGAGAACUGGCGGCACUGUCUAGAGUUUGAAUUGACAAACUACACCUUAGAACAUUUCCCUGCAGGGACAGUUGCUGUUUACGCGCCUUCAAGCUGUAACGGCGGCCAUCGUUUAAUCGCCUGCCUUGAAUCCCACUUUUGUAAACACCAGUCCACGGGUCGAUGGCGUUCGGAAUGGGUGAUCAAAUUACCUGAAAAUCCAGGUUCCGCGUCCAUCUCCGUUCACGGCGUUCUUAAAGUUCAGACCCAUCUGUACGAGGAGGGCAAUGUUCAGCUGAUAUCAUCCAAGGAAAUUGACUUUUCCAUCGACGCUUCAGAGCCAAAGCUGUUUGCGAAAGAAUGCGUUCGACUGAUUAAAGAAGCUGAUGUAACUUAUCAAAUGGCCGUCGGGGAGAACUUUAAAACGAUGUCAGAUACCACAUUUAAAGCUUUGCGUCGACAGCUUCCCUUAACCCGAUCCAAAAUUGACUGGAACAAAAUUAUCACCUAUCAGGUCGGCGGUGAAUUGGCGCGCGCAUCGUAAUGCAUCCAUCUCAGUGAAUUGCCUCUGUCGGUGGCCUCCGCAUGGGGUCUAUUACUGCUGUGUUUCCGACAUAUUUUUCUGCUGCUACUCUCUAACUUUCAAGUUUAUUUCCUCUGUUAUGUACUAGAUCGCGCGUUUUUCUUCAUCCUUGCCAAUUGCAACACGCCGUCAUUCUCCCUUCGCUUUUCCUUGAUUUCAUAGUCUGACGACCCCGGCUCCUUCAUGUGCAUGAGCGACAAGGUAUAACGGGCAAUUGUCCUUAAAAUGAGGUCAUCCUUUGAAUGUUUUUUUCCUUCACAUUGCAGACUACCAAAGCCUCUGUUGUUCAUGACCGUCUAAUUCUCAUUCCUGAUCAUAACUCCUCAAUCGCUCCUUAUUUUAGCGUCAGUUUUCAGGUGGCCGCAUCUGCCUCCCACUUGGCUUUUAGCAACACACACCAGUUUUGCUGUCCACCACAAUCGUAUGUUUUCCUGCUUUGCGACAGUCCUGUAGGAGCAUGUACUGUGUUCAGCCCUUCACUAUUCUGCGUGCAACUGUAAUACGCCUGAUUUUGUGUAGCACAACUUCGAGAAUGCACACUGUUUACAUGAAGGAUUCCGCGGACACCUGCUUACAAUCGAGCCCUGCUCGCUUUUCUUAUGCAAGCGUUCUUCCUUGUGAUACUUCCUCCAAUUAAGCGUUGCCUCUCGUUAGUGUAACGCGUGGACAUUUAACUGGGUCACAGCAAAUUCACUGAUUUGAUGUUUCGUAGAAGGCGACUCACUCCUUGUCUAACUUUUAGAAUACCUUUUUCUGUUUACUUAAGCAUCACUGGUUUGACUCGAGUGGACUGUUUCCGGUUGGGCUUUUUCACCUGUUUUCAACGUUUACACCUUUUUGUUCU